GAAUACUAGGUGGAAGUUUCAGGUAUCCGUCGACAGCUACGUCCGUAACUCAGUACCCACGUUUAUACGUUGAUACUAUCUCAUCCAGUGACUCUUACGUGAAAGAAAAAGAUAUUUUUAAUUGUGUUUUGCAAUCACAUUAAUAGUAUACAAGUGUUGAAACUGACAAUUUAAAAUAAUGGUUGCUAAAUCCUCCGCGCCCCAAUUGGAGCAACGAAUUCAGUGUAUUAAAUUUACCAUUUUUUGCUUAAAUGCCAUUAUAUGGCUACUCGGGAGCUCUAUGUUUGGGUUGUGCAUGUGGCUGAGGCUGGAUCCAGGUUUCCAAGAGUGGGUCGAUUUCCUUGAUAUUUAUGAAUUUUACAUUGGCAUUUAUAUUCUACUUGCCGCUUCAAUAUUUGUCGUAAUCGUUACAUUCAUCGGUUGCGGCGUUGCUCUUAUGGAACAUAUCCUCGGCCUUUUCAUCUUUGUGGGUUUACAAUUAGUCUGCUACGUUUUGGGCUUGGUAGGAACAGCAAUACUUCUUGAUUAUUCUACUUAUGAUAGUCAAAUUCAACCUCUUAUAAGAAAGUCAAUGCAUGCUCUCAUCAACAACUACUACGAUGACAGAGCAACGUAUAUUCUGCAAUUAAUUCAGCAAAGUAUUGGCUGUUGUGGUGCUGAUGGACCAAGGGAUUAUUUGAUCUUAAAGAAACCAUUACCCAAUGAAUGUAGAGACACGGUUACUGGGAACGCCUUCUUUCACGGCUGCGUUGAAGAAAUUUCUUGGUUUUUGGAAGGUAGAUCAGGAUGGCUGGCCGGUCUGGCAUUGGCUUUGUGCAUGCUUCAUGUAAUAAUCGCUGCUCUAAGCCUGACGCUCGUUCGCGCAAUUAAAAAGGAAGAGGAAUCCGUUACGUUCAAACGUUAAUUUUCAUUAGUGAGUUUUAGAAAUUGGUUAACACUAUACUAUACAUACGAAGCAUUAUUUAUUACAUAAAUUGAAAAUUGCAAUAUUUUUUUACUACCUUUUGAUCUUUUCAUUCACUGCCUUUAAUUAAUUUUGGUUAUUAUAAUCACUGAAAAAGCGAUUUAUAUACAUAAUACGUUGGAUUUAUAAGGAUUAACAUCACCAUACAUAUAAUAAUAUUGUCAAAUUAAAUUGAUGUCUUAAUCAUUGACAAAACGUGACAAUUUUUCUCAGUUCUAAUUACAUUAAAGCUUCAAAGAAGUACACAGGGUAGAUCGGGGCGAAUUGGUGUCACAGAGUGAAUCGGAUCGAAAUAAGAAACAAGUCUACAUUUAUUAUAUUACAAAUUAUAUUUCUAAUUUCUUAUUUAUUACUUGCAGAAGAAAAAUCUAAAAAUUCUCGUUCACCUUUUAUUAUUAAUGUUUGUUUUUGACAAAUGAAAAUCCAAUUCGCCUCGGUCUACUUCAGCACUUUAUGAAUAUUUCUUAUUUUGACAUGAAUAUGCUAUAAUAGUAUCUUCAAGAAAGAAAUUAUGGUAUCUUGAACACCUUUACAGAAGAUUUGUAAUUAAAAAUACUUAACACACAUGAAGUGUAACAUUACAUUCGUAGAAAACACAUGAACAAAUAGAGUUAGAUCCUAUUACAUCUGUCAUUUUUACUUUUAUUCUAAUUCGUCAUUAUAAAUUAGGAAAAUUUGUAAAAACACAUAGAACUCAUUUGUGAGUUAUCUUUUAUAAUUAUGAAUCCUAAUUUCAUUAGUUCACAUUUGUAUGUAAGUUAAACAGACAUUUUUUAUCAGACUGCUUGAGCAUUUUCUUUAGUGUUAUACUAAGAAGCUUAAAGUACAAUUUAAAUAACCUGAGCUUGGUAUUUACUUCUAUGUUUAUAUUAUAUUUUGUAUACUUGGUCUAAAAUUAUAAUAAAGGAAAAUUUUUAUUA